AUGAUGGUUGUGAGUGAGGCUCUGGUUCAUGCAAGGAUCACUCUCCUUCAGGUAUGGUUGAGGAUGCUGCUCUUUUCUUCUGUAUGGUUCCUGACUCAGUGUGCUGAAUACAAAGGCCCUCCAGAGACAGUGACACCCUUGAGGAUAACUGUCUCUAGUAAAGAGAUGAGUCUUGCAGGCUGGGUGUCCUAUAGCCUGAACUUUGGAGGCCAGAGACACAUUAUCUCCAUGAAAUCCAAGAAUUUCUUGGUAUCCAGACAGCUCCCUGUGUUCACAUACAGUGACCAAGGUGUCCUCUUUGAGGACAGGCCUUUCGUUCAGAAUGACUGUUACUACAUUGGUUUUGUGGAUGGAGACCCAGAAUCCAUGGCUGCUCUUACCACCUGUUUUGGGGGAUUUCAAGGAAUUUUACAGAUAAAUGACACAGCUUAUGAAAUUAAGCCCAAGAGCCCCUCUUCCACAUUUGAACAUCUGCUUUACAAGAUAGACAGUGAGAAAACUCAAUUACACCCCAUGAGAUGUGGAUUAGCAGAUGAAGAAAUGGCAGAGCAAGUGAGAUUUGAAGAAAAUGUUAAGUCUACUCUGUCAAACAUGUAUGGGACAUGGUGGUCUCAUGGAUUUUAUAUUAAACUGGCAUUGGUUAUAGACCACAAACAAUUCAUUUAUCGACAUAGUAAUACUUCUCUUGUGAUGGAAGAUGUGUUCAACAUUAUGAAUGGAAUAAAUCUCUACUUACUUUCAGUAGAUAUUAAUGUGUCUUUACUUGGACUUACUAUCUGGACUACAGGAAAUCCCAUACCAGUGGAAAAUAUAUAUGCUCUCUUGCCAGCAUUUUGUAGAUGGAAGACAACAAACCUUAAUUCUCAGAUACCAUAUGAUAUUGCACAUCUCUUUGUGAAUUAUACUUUUAGUGACUAUUUUGGCAUAGCUUAUGUAGGAACUGUAUGCAAUAAGACAUUUGGUUGUGGAGUUGAUAGGCUUGUUGAAGAGAAUUUCCUUACUAUUGGACAUAUUGUGGCACAUGAGAUAGGUCACAAUUUGGGCAUGCCACAUGAUGGGAUACCUUGUUCUUGUGGAGGGGGACCAUGUUUGAUGUCUGCUACAAUGGAGAUGUCCAAAAAACUCAGCAACUGUAGUUAUGAAAUCUUGUGGACAAAUGCAGCCAAAAUACCCUGCAUACACAAGGAGCCCAACCCUUCAGAUCUCCUCCCAAUGAAGGUCUGUGGGAAUGGUGUAGUAGAAGAAGGCGAGCAGUGUGACUGUGGGUCUUCUGAAAACUGUAGACGUAAUCGCUGUUGUAUGCCUAGCUGUACCCUGAAGUCUGGAGCUAAAUGUGAUAGUGGACUGUGUUGUAACCGCAGAUGCCAAAUCCAGCCACCUGGCACUUUGUGUAGAUCUCAGGAGAAUGAAUGUGACCUUCCAGAAUGGUGCAAUGGGACUUCACACGAGUGCCCUGAAGAUGUGUUUGUACAGGCUGGGACAGCUUGCCAUGGUAAUGGCUACUGCUUUGAAAAGAGAUGUAACAGUCACGAUGAUCACUGCAAGAGAGUUUUUGGCAAAAAUGCCAUGAAAGCAUCCGACACUUGCUACAAGGAACUCAAUACUCGUGGUGAUCGUUUUGGUAACUGUGGCCUCAUGGGCGACACGUAUGUGAGAUGUGAGACCCCAGACAUCCUCUGUGGGAGGAUUCAGUGUGACAAAGUGAACGCAAUUCCCACCCUGAAGAGUCAUCAUACUGUUCACUGGACUCAUUUCAAUAAUGUCUCCUGCUGGACCACCGACUACCAUUUGGGGAUGAAAAUCACUGACCUUGGUGACAUAAAAGAUGGCACAAACUGUGGUCCACAGCAUGUGUGCAUUGGCAGAAAGUGCGUUAAUAAGCCAAUGUGGGUAAGUGAUUGUUCACCAGGAACCUGCAGCAUGAAAGGAAUCUGCAAUAAUAAACAACACUGCCAUUGCGAUUCUGGCUGGAGCCCACCAAACUGCCAGGAUAAGGGCACUGGAGGAAGUAUUGACAGUGGUUCUCCUAGAGAGAAAACAGAGGGAGAUGAUGCAAAAAACAAGGAGGCCUCCAAUAAGUCUAGCAAUUUAACAGUUUUGCUAUUACCUAUUAUUUUAGUUUUUCUGGUUAUAGCUGCAUUUGUACUGCUUUUCAUGAAAAAAGAAGCUAAGCCACCAGAUGAGGCGAAACCCCCAGGGGAGGAAGCUAAGCCACCAGAUGAGGAAGCUAAGCCACCAAAUGAAGAGGCUAAACCCCCGGAGAACUAA